GCGAGCUUUUGACUUCUACUUCGUCGCCGUCGCGGGAGCUUGAGGUUCUACCCAUUGCAGCUCAAGCUCGACUUGUCGGAGUUUUUCUCGGGGGGGAUCCAUUUGAAAAUACCGAUGGAGAUAGUUCCGAUUCCGGUGGAGAGUUACAAGGUUGGGUUCGUAGGAGCCGGGAAAAUGGCGGAGAGCAUCGCGAGAGGGGUGGUAAGAUCGGGCAUUCUUCCACCCAACCGUAUCUCCACCGCCGUUCACUCGAAUCCCGACCGCCGGGCUGUCUUCGAAUCGUUCGGCGUCAAUGUCGUCUCGAGCAAUGAAGCCGUUGUUGAAGAAAGUGAUGUCGUGAUAUUCUCCGUGAAACCCCAAGUUGUCAAACGUGUGGUCACGGAAUUAAGACCGAAACUCUCCAAGCGAAAGCUUUUAGUCUCUGUGGCAGCCGGAACAAAGUUGAAAGAUCUACAGGAAUGGUCUGGUCACGAUCGAUUCAUAAGGGUGAUGCCAAACACACCAUCUGCUGUUGGUGAGGCGGCAACAGUUAUGAGCCUCGGAGCAGCGGCAACUGAAGAGGACGGAGAACUGGUCACCAAGCUGUUUGGAUCGGUGGGAAAGAUAUGGAGAGCUGAUGAGAAAUUGUUCGAUGCUGUCACAGGACUCAGCGGAAGUGGUCCGGCUUACGUAUUCUUAGCCAUCGAAGCCUUAGCGGAUGGAGGAGUGGCUGCUGGCUUACCCCGGGAUCUUGCAAUGGGCUUGGCUUCACAGACGGUCAGUCUUUACCAAAAUCCCCUAGAUCUUGCAAGAAUCGGGAAGCACCCUGGACAGCUGAAAGAUGAUGUGGCAUCGCCAGGUGGCACCACGAUUGCCGGAAUUCACGAGCUGGAGAAGGGAGGUUUCCGUGCAACGCUUAUGAACGCCGUUGUGGCCGCCGCUAGACGAGGCAGUGAACUUUCACAAAGCUAAGCCAUUUUUACUGUCUUAUCUUUUGUGUUUUCUUAUUCCUUCAACUUAUGAGCCCUUCCCAUACUCUAUGUUUCGGCUUAUAGUUCUCAUUGUGAAAGUGGAUAUUUAAAUCGAAUAAUA